AUGGCUCCCUCAGGAGCAUCAGACGCUGUCUCUCCAAGAGGCAAAGCGGCUUCGGCAGCGGCUGCAGCUGCUGAUAAUUCCGCCUCCUUAAGAACGUCGCUGCCAUUGCAGCUGGCUGGAGGAGAGGGGCCUGGUGACACCAAAGAUGCGCGCCUCGUAAACAGCAGUCGCAUCAGCUCCGCAGCAAAAAAUAAUAAUAGCUGCAACGCGAAGAAAGCCGAAAAAGGACACGGCAGUCCAGUUGCCGCAGCUGCCGAUGUUGCUGCUGCCGCCGAUAUGACAACUACCGCCGACCCUCCCCACGUGACGAGCAGGGACUCUGUGGCAGCGGAGAAAACAUCGAGCUCCCAAAGAGAAGCCGCAGCGUCGGCAGCGGCGAUGGAAACGGCUCUAAGAGCGUUCCAAAUUCCCAGUGGCUUUGCAGCGAAGCCGCUCAAAAAGACAGGCACUGCACAUGCAAUCAACAGGGCCGCCGUCGCCUUGAAGGUCUUCGACGUUAGCAGCAGCCACACGGGAUCUGUAGAUACACCCCAAGCCAGCGUGCCCGCUGCAGCAGCUGCACCCAUGGCUUGCGUUGCAGGGAAGGUGGAAGUCGCUGCUGCUGCCGCUGCGGCUGCUGUCGCAGCGGCUACAGAACGAACUCGAGCCGCCUCUUGUGCUCCCCUGUCUCCCACCAGCUGGAGCAUCAAGAGCAGGAGCUCCACCAGCAAUAGCGACAUGCAACACCGCCAAGCCCCUCUCAGCAGCAGAAUCAAUGAGCACAUCGGAAAGCCGCAGUACGCAGCCUGA